AAAUUUUACAUCUCUACCUGUGAGCUCCCUGUAGCAACACGUAGCCUAAAUAAUGCGGUUUCAAUCCACGUCAGCGACCGUUUGCAAGUGGAUGUUGCCGUUUCACGCAGUAAGAUCCACUUGCAAAGUGCACUGGAAAUUAUUGGCGGAGCUGGACUGGACGUGGACUUCUCCUUGGAGAGCCCCUCGGGAGUGCUGCUGGUCGACGAGUACCGGAGAUCGGACGGGCUGCACACGGUGGAGCCCACCGAGACGGGGGACUACAAGCUCUGCUUCGACAACUCCUUCAGCACCAUCUCCGAGAAGCUCGUCUUCUUCGAACUGAUCUUCGACAGCCCCCAGGACGACGAGGACCUCAACGGCUGGGCGGAAAUGGCGGAACCGGAGGCGCUCGACAUCAAGAUCGAGGACAUUAAGGAAUCCAUUGAGACGGUGAAGAGCCGUUUGGAGCGGAGCAUCCAGAUGCAGGCACUGCUGAGAGCCUUCGAGGCCCGCGACCGCAACCUGCAGGAGAGCAACCUCAGCAGGGUCAACUUCUGGUCCGCCGUCAACCUCAGCGUGCUGCUGGUGGUCUCCUUCCUCCAGGUGUACCUGCUGAAAAGCCUCUUCGAGGACAAGAGGCGGGUCUGGAUGUAGCUGGCCGAACCGGCCGGUCCUCCGACGCGGGCCGGGAACCCUCCCCGGGCUUGGCCCGCAUGUUCACGACUGUCUGAAUGCUGCUGCCAUUCCUGUCCCCGUCUCUCUCUAUUGGGAAGGUAAUAGAAGAAAUACCGGAGUCAAGAUCCAGGAGAGACCGGGCGGGAGGAGCGAAUAGGACCCCUCCAUCUUGAGACUGUGUUGGCAGGAAGCCGAGGAACAGAUUUUGACAGCAGGGUAGUCAGAGAUGGAGGCAGGAGGCGGCGGCCCGCGAGCAAGAACAAAGACGUUGAUUUCCGUGCCUUGGACAUUUCAAUAAACUUUGCUAUUCUCAGGGUGUGAGUGUGGACUGCAGCUUUAGACACUGCUUAUCCCUUAGACCUAGCCGCAGACGAUUUGCGUACAAUUUUGUCCUCGUGUGCCUUACCAGGAGCUGCCCUUUUCCCCUGGACACUCAUUGCCCCAAGAGGUCACCGUGUCACCUCCAAGCAUGACAAGAGCUCUUGGGGGUUGGGGGGUGGUUCUCCUUCUCUCGGCCUCUUCACUGCUCCUUGGCUCCUUGACUCCGGGCGAGGCUACCCGAGGAGUCGGUGCAGCGGCCUACUAUUCGGUGUGUCUGUUCAUAGGGCUGUCGAAGAAGUUCUCCGCUCUGUACUGAGCAUAGGGGAAGGCGCAUGUGCCGGCCUGUGCGACACUUGCGUCCGCACCUCUGUUUUUGCAAGGCCCAUCUCUUUCAGUAUCUGCUGGCAAGAAGAGCUGCGGCUCCCGUCUCCGGACAUCACUUGGCAAAGCCGUCUGGUUAAAUUUAUGCUUUUUGUGUUCAGGUUGCAACCCGAACCUCUUUGCGAGAUCUAGCAGAAUUUAGAUAUGUAGACAAAAGAACAAGAACCACUCC